AUGUCAAGUGAAAAAGAAAGGAAAAAGUUGGCGAAUAAGCUCCAACCAUUAUAUGAUGGGAUAUAUUCGUUGAAAGAUUCCCAAGGAAGGGAAAUUUCAGAGACAUUUCAAAGAUUACCUUUGCGUACUGGUACCGAUUAUUAUAAAGUCAUUAAGGUUCCAGUGUCAUUACACGGUGUCGGAAGAUAUAUUAAGAAAUAUGUAUAUCGAACAGCGCAAGAAUUUGUUACACAGCUAGUUCAAAUAACGUGGAAUGCUAGGUUAUAUAACGUGAGAACUUCGUUAAUAUAUGACCACGCAUUAAUCUUAAACCAAUAUAUCUUGGAUAAGAUUAUCCCAAGGUUAUCUAAUGAUAAAUCUAUUAGCGAUCAUAAUAUGAUUUAUUAUCCGGAUUUAGGACCUUUGCCUGAAGAUGAUGGGUCUAUUCCGAAUAUGGGAGCAUCGUACAAACCCAACACUCAAUAUCCAGAAGAGGACGAAGAUGGUGACGAUGACGAGGAAGAAGAAGAUGAAGAAUAUACCGAAUAUGGUUCGGGUGGUCAAUCGUCUUUGAAGAGCUCGAUUUAUGCUCAGCCAAACGAUCACCAUUACCACGCGUUAUUAGCUAACAAUGCGUUGACCAAUAAAUUGCAGAUGGGAGACCAAUCACCAUCACCAUUUCAAUCACCUCAAGCUUCCAGACCUUUGGAAUCGGGGAUCAGGAGAGGGCGUCCACCUAUAAUCGAUAAGCCUUAUGAAACGCGUAUUAAGUUGAUCUUAAAGCACUUUAAGAAAUUGCGCCAUCCUAAUGACCCAAACCAUCCAUUAUCGAUUCAUUUUGACAGAUUACCUGAUCCAAAGACCAACUCAAACUAUUACCAGGUUAUCAAACAGCCAAUCAGUUUGAAUGAAAUUAGAACAAAAGUUAGAACCAGGAAAUAUCAUAACGUUGAUGAAUUUAUUAGCGAUUUAAAUUUAAUGUUUCAAAACACUAAAUUUUAUUUCUCCAAUGACCAGUUAUCUCCAACAUUCCAAGAUUGCCUUCUUUUUGAAUCGGAAGCAAAUAACGUUAUAAAUUACGAAUUACUGAGGCCUGAGAAGGAUUUGUUGAUUGCAAGCACACCUGGGGGUGAUGGUAUCAUUAGAAUACCAUUAGAUUCAAUUGAUAUUAAUGGGUAUAGCUAUAAAAUUGGUGAUUGGGUUCUUAUUGAUAAUCCGAGCGAUCCUAAUAAGCCAACGGUUGGUCAGAUCUUCCGUUUAUGGUCCACCGAGGAUGGAACAAAAUAUACUAACGUUUGUUGGUAUUAUCGUCCAGAACAAACUUGUCAUAGAUAUGAUAGAUUAUUUUUUAUGAACGAAGUUUGUAAGACUGGACAAUACCGUGACCAUUUAGCUUCUGAGAUUGUUGGGCCAUGUUAUGUCAUUUUCUUAACACGUUAUCAGAAGGGUGAUUUACCUGAAGGUGUGAUUCCAGAAGGAUGUCCAUGGUUUAUUUGUGAAUUUAGAUAUAAUGAAAAUUCUCAUGUUUUUAACCGUAUUAGAACUUGGAAGGCAUGUUUACCUGAUGAAAUAAGAGAUAAGCCUGAACAACCAUUAAUUCCAUUAAAUGAACCACGUAAAUUAAUUAAGUUUGAAUCUCCAAUUAAAAAUUUGCUACCAAAUGGUGUUGAUACUACAAUGGCGAUUCCUGAUGCGACACCUGGUCCAAACCCAAAUACACCACCUAUUGUCGGUCUGGUUUAUUUAAGAGAACCGAUUGAAGAUGAUGAAUUAGGUCAAUAUUCUACCAGUCCCAACGUUAUUUCUAGUCCUGAAAAUGAUGAACACAUGUCUAAUCGUAAGGCCUAUAUUUUUACACCAAUCCUGCAAAUGAAAAUGGCUAAUUCCUUCCCAGCAAGCUACAGUGGCAAUAACAGUGGCAUAAGCACUCCGAUCCAAUAUAAUUCUAAUAUUAUUGCUAGCAAUUUACAAGAAUCAGAUCUAGAUAAGUCUUAUACUUCCAGCGUCAAUAGAUACAGACAGCUUCUUCAGCAACAACAGCAACAGCUCCAGCAAAAUCAGCAUGAUAAAGCUGUAAAUAGAGUUGAGUCUAGAAGAGGGUUUACACCCACUGCUUCGACCAUUCCUCUUACGACUCAACACACAGGACCAUCUUACCAUACUUCCACUUCAACAUAUUCGAAUUUGAUAACAGGAGGUAUUGUUUCAUACUCUCUUGUCGAUGAAGGGAAUAAAUUAUCUAGAGUUAGUGAUGCGUUAAACAUCAAAAGAAGAAAGUUGGAAGCAAUGGAAGAAGUAGCUGGAAAUGAAAUUGUGUGGUAUAGAGCACCUCCAGUCGCCGUUUCCAACAGAAUUCUCAGUAACGAUAUAACCGAUUUAGGUCAUUCGGCACAGUAUAUUGCUUGGAAAUUAAAACAAGAACAUUAG